UUGUGGGAGUUUUCUGGUGACGUCAUUGACGUUUAACAACAAACGCGCAAGCAAAGAGAACGAGAAGCAAGAAAACCCCCGGAAAACGGUGGGUUGUGUACAGGAAUAGCCCCAGAGGGGUACCUUAGUUCUCUCUCAGCAAGUUCAGUGCAAAUUCCGCAAUGGCAGGAAUCAAGUAUAUGCUGCAGAAGGAAGUUUUCGAGGCAGAUGAGCGCAUCCUGUCUGUGUGCAAUGUGACAGAAUUGUACAAGAAAAAGAAAAAUUCCUACCUAACCAUUGUCUCAGCCACACGUAAUCGCCUGCCACAGGUCUCCCUGGCACAGGUGAAGCAAUACGACAAGGGUGUGUACAAGAAGAAGCGCACCUGGACACUGGAUGAGGUGAAGGUGGUUGAUGGGAAGCACGACUCCCCGGAGACGCAUGAGCUUGAUUUGACACUCGAGAAGCAAUACAAGUGGUUCGCUGUGAAUCUCCAUGAGCGUCAGAACUUCCUCACGGUGCUGUGGAAGCAAAUCCAGAAGCACGUAGCCGGGGAUAAGGCUGCCUUUCGCAACAUUCCAAAAGCCUGGCUCACGGAAGCUUCCCCCGAGAGGAGUGUCAGUGAGAAGUGUGAUGUUGGCACGGAGGAGGAUAAUGGGGAAGAUCCCGAAGCCUAUGAGGACUUCCAUGCACUCACGGAGAAGGAGGAGCUGCACCUGAAUCGCCUUAUGGGGGAAUGUGAUUUCGCCAUAAGUGAUGCUGAGCAAUUUAUGGAGCAAUUGGGAAGGAAUCUGCAGGAGCUCGAUGGGGCAAAUGUCCAGAGUGUCUUGGCGUCGGAGAAGCAGGUGAAUGCUCUCAUGGAACAAAUUGAGACGGCAAUUGCGGAAGCAGAACGUGUUGAGGAGCGCUUGGAUGUGUAUGAUGAGAUUCUCUGUCACAUCCGGGAUACAAUGGAGAAGAUGGGUGAGAAGAAUACCAUGAUUGAGGUGGCAAAUACCAACAAUAUCAAGCUAAUGGGAGAGCUGGAGAGGAUUGUGUCACAGCUGGAUCUGGCACAUGGGCAUCAACUGGCACUCACUGAUACAGAUCUCACUUCCCCAGCUGGCUUGGCGGCUGCUAUUGCCGCCGGGAAGGCUCUCCAGACAGCCAUGAAUAGUGACAUUGAUCCCGCACUGCUACGCCUGACAGCUGUUCAGGAUCAACGGAAGCGCUUUGAGAAGUGGAAGGCAAAGUUUUCCCAGACAAUCAGUCGACAUCUCAACAAUAUGUUCAUCCACCUUGGGAAUGAUCCCGGAGAGGGACAAGGAAGUGAUCCGCACCUACCCAAACAUACUUCCGUUCACAGAGAACUCGCUGCGUUUGCGGAGCUGAUGCACUGGCUCAAGGCAAUGGACAGGAAGGCAUACGAUCAGCUGGCUAAGGUGUACACGAGCUCCCUCAAUAAGGUGUACGAACGCGAGAUUAAGCACUUCUUCGAUCAGGCACGUCAGCAAGUUAUGCGGGAGGAUGUUGCUGCAUCCACGAGUGCCACACGUGGGAAGCAACUCCUCCAACCCUAUGGGAUUAUAGGGAUUAAUCGUGAUCUCUGGGCACCAGGGAUUGAGGGGGCAGAAAGGCAGAAACUCGAUGGGAUUCUCGAGAAAGUUCUGGGAGAUUUGGAACCUGUUGCACUGAGUGAGCAGAUGUUUUGCAUCUCCUUCUUCCAAAUGGACGUCCUGAGUCCCACAACGCGCAACACGCAGACCACCCUGGAAGCUGUGGCUGCUGGGGAACGCGAUGAAAGGGAUACAGCGGUGAUUGUAUCGCCGCCACAGAAGAAGAUUGAUCGGCAAAUCAACGAGGAAGUCCGGAAGAUGAUGACAGAGCUAUUUGGAUGCCUCGAACCGGAGCUGAACAGCUUCAUUCAGAGCUUCGAGAAGGUUGAUAGCUUCUACUCAAUGUACGUCCUUGUGAGACUCUCACAGCACGUAAUGUCAGCUCAGGAUGCCCAUUCCUUCCUCAGCAUGACCUUUGCCUCUGCCCUGGUUCACGUUAAGCGGAAUUUUGAUAAAUUCAUGCAGAUUCAGCUGCAAUCCGUGCGUGAGGCUAAAGUCCCCAAGAGGUCCAAAUGUGGCCUCCUCCCCUAUGUGGAGAACUUUGAGGAAUUCGCCGUGAGUGCUGAGAGAAUCUUCAAAAAGUCCGAAAGACGUGCUGAUCUCGACAAGUGGUACACUCAGCUCGUGGCUACAAUCUUCGAGUGCAUCCCAAAUCAUGCACAGGAGCACUCCAAGACCCCGCGACAGGUGGUUAACAUGGAGAACUACCAUCAUAUGCACUCCCUGCUGGCACAAUUGAAGGUGGCAGCCCUUGAUGGGCAGAAGAAGGAGGCAAAGGUGCGCUACAAGGAAGCCCUGGAUGCGUAUGUGACAAAAUACUUCGGGCGCCCACUUGAGAAGCUUAAUCUCUUCUUUGAGGGGGUCCAGAUGAAGGUGCAACAGGGUGUGAAGGAGACGGAGAUCAGCUACCAAAUGGCCUACUCAAAACAGGAGCUCCGGAAGGUUAUUUCGCAGUAUCCGGCGCGUGAAGUGAAGAAGGGUCUUGAGAGUUUGUACAAGAAAGUUGAGAAGCACCUGUGUGAGGAGGAGAAUCUCCUGCAAGUUGUCUGGAGGGCCAUGCAGGAGGAAUUUAUUGCGCAGUAUAACUUCCUGGAGGAGCGCAUCCAACGAUGCUAUGCUGGUGCAAUGAUCACCCUGGAUUUCUCCAUUGAUGACAUUCUGGAAUUCUUCUCUGAGAUUGCACGGUCUCACUAGAAAAUCUGGCGCCCGCGAGGCAUAGAUCUUAAGCUUCCCGGACAGAGACAGCAAAUAAAAAUACAAUCUGGGCUUCUUACCAGAAUUUAUUUUCAAAUACUCUCAACUAGACA